CAAACAAUCCAGCUGAAGAGAGAUUCAAGAGAGGUUAAAAUCUCUCUGUCCCUCCCUCUCUCUCUCUCACUCAGUUACCCACUAAAACCAACAUAAAAAAGGGUACUGUUUAGGUGCUUUAUAAUUAUUAUUCUGCAAAUCAACCUCCUUUGAUAGCAGCAGCAACUACAAAGCAAUUGAUUGUUCUGCUUCUGCUUCUGCAACUACAAUCCUCCAUCGCUUUAUAAACCAAAACAACCAGAACACACAAGGAUUGUUUCAUUUCAUCUUCAUCUUCUCCUUUUUUCUUCGAAGCAGUAGUUAUAUAUGAUCACUUUCAGUAACUCUGCCUUUAUCUUUAGCUUUAGAUUUCUUUCCUUCUCUCAUCCUUCAUCAUCGUCAUCGUCAUCCACAACAAGAAGAAAAGAGUAGCUAGAGCUGUUUUUCAAUUUCAUGGGAGCAGCAGAAGGAAGCAACGAAUUGAGCUGCAGCUGCUUUUAGCUAUGCUUUCUUGAUUUCGAACUCACAAAUCUUGGUGGAUUGUGAGUUUAUUUUCAAAAUUUUUUGUGGGUUUUGUUGAGAAAUUUACUCGAUCAAGAAUGGAUUCAUAUGAAGCAACAAGAGUUGUGUUCACAAGGAUCCAGAAUUUGGAUCCUGAAUAUGCUUCCAAAAUCAUGGGCCUUCUCCUUAUUCAAGACCAUGGCGAGAAGGAAAUGAUUCGGUUGGCUUUUGGUCCUGAAUCUCUCGUUCACUCUGUCAUUCUUAAAGCUCGCAAAGAACUUGGCAUUUCUUCCGGCAACGCGCCGUCGACACCUUCCACUCCGUCGUCGCCGUCGCAGUUCAGUUCCCACUCUCUUUCUCGCCAAAAUUCUGCGAAUUCUUCAACUACUUCAAGGCUUGUUAAUGGGGGAGUUACUAACCUCCCUUCACCUCUCAGUAUCCCAAGCUUGUCGUCUUCUUGGGCCAACUCCAGCUUCUCGGAUUUUCAACCCACAGAAGAUCACCAUCUAAUCAGUAAUGGUGGGUUGACUAGUAUCGGAAUCGGGUCUUCUCCGUCCACCAUGAAUUCCUCAGCUCCGCCGUUCUACGGCGGCGGUGGUGAGCCUGAUCUGAUUGAUGAAUUACAAAUCCAAGACCAGCUUUCCUUUCUCAACGAUGGUUCUCCGACUCUAGGCCCUAAAGCCACCGACUUUUUCUACCCUGAUUUAGUCUCCCCAAACGGCAGCGGUGACAUGUUUUCGCCAUGGGGUGGCGGCGGCGGCGGCCCACAUCGCCGGAGCUCCUCCGUCAACGAUAUUUGUUUGGGUGCUUCUGGUGAAGACCCCAAUGGAUGGAAACCUUGUCUUUACUUCGCUAGAGGUUACUGUAAAAACGGAGCUAGUUGCAGGUUCACCCACGGCGGCGGUGAAGCUGAUAUGGCUGCUAUGGCUGUUGGUUCCUUGAGCAAACUUGACGCCUUAGAACAGUGCCAAGAGCUUCUCCGAUCUAAAUCCGCCCACCAGCAACGGUUGCUAAUGGCGGCCGCCGGUUCAUCUCCUAAUUUCCCCUUCCCAAACAGCCCGAAAUCCAUGAAUUUUCUUCUUCAACAGCAACCUCUGCAAUCAGAUAGCCCCAGGAUGGCCGCCGCCGCCGCAGCGGCAUUGAUGAUGGGCGAAGAGAUGAACAAAUUUGGCCGGUCAAGGAACGAUUUCUCCAUGGGUAUGCUGAACCCUGGUUCACGACAAAUCUACUUAACUUUUCCGGCCGAUAGCACCUUUCGGGAAGAAGAUGUCUCCAAUUACUUCAGCAUUUACGGGCCGGUUCAAGAUGUUCGGAUCCCAUACCAGCAAAAGAGAAUGUUUGGAUUCGUGACUUUUGUUUACGCCGAGACCGUGAAGCUCAUCCUCGCGAAAGGCAAUCCGCAUUUCGUGUGCGACGCACGGGUUCUGGUGAAACCGUACAAAGAGAAGGGGAAAGUCCCUGAUAAGUUCCGGAAGCAACAGCAGCAGCAAAUGGAUCGUGGCGAAUUCUCGUCUUGCGGCAGCCCCACCGGUUUCGACUCUCGAGAUCCUUUCGAUCUGCAGCUCGGGGCUCGGAUAUUGUACAACAGCCAAGAUUUACUGUGGCGAAAAAAAUUGGAGGAGCAGGCGGACUUUCAACACGCUAUCGAGCUCCAGAAUCGUCGGCUGAUGGAUCUGCAACUGCUUGACGUGAAACGGAGCCACCACCACCACCAUCGUGCGCUUUCUAGUGGUGCCGCCAUUCCGUCGCCCACCUGUUACUCUCCGAGUUAUCUCAACCACUCGUCGGUUUUCGCUUCCGAUAACCGCAGCAGUUCCAGUCCCGAUUCCGAGGAUGGUUUGAUUUCUAAAAUGGUUACACCUGUAACUAUCAAUGUUGAUGAGCCAUUAGAGGCAACUUCAAACUUGGAGAAAGAGAAGGAAUCAUUGGAGUUUAAAGAUGAAAAUAGCAAUGGGAAAUCAAGCCCUCAUCAUGAAGAUGUUGAUUUGCCUGAAAGCUUGGAGCACAAUCUCCCCGACAAUCUGUUUGCAUCACCGAAAGCAUCCGGCGAAUACCGGACCGUCUUCUCGAACGACGAUGAUGAGAUCACCGACAAGAAUUCGCCAGUUUCGUCUGCACCGUUUUCCAGCAACAACGGUAACUUGAUCACAUCCCCGUUGCUUCCUGCGACUUCGACAUUGGACUUGGCGUCAUUGAAAUCGUGUUACUUUCAGUUUCCAAGGUUUUCUUCGGGUCACGGUGCCAUCGGAAUGUAGCCUUUAAUUCCGUCUUUUUUAGCUUCCUUAGUGUAGGAAGAAGUUGAAUAUAUGUAACAAGAAAGCAUACCCAGAUGAGAUGUUUAGUAAAAUCAUCACCACCACCAAUAACCGCCACCGUCCGCCGCCAGCCACCGCCAUGAAUACUACUUACUACCAUACAAAACUAUAUAGGUAAAAAGAAAAUGCAGCAAAGAGUAUCAGGAUCCUGCUUCCCCCUGACCUCCUCAUUGUGCCAUUAAAGAUUUAAGAUACCAUUAAAGCAAGCUUGUUGUCAUAGAAUGAAGUCAAAGAACAAAAAGUCAAAUGUAUGUAGCAGAGUGACCCCAGGGGCUGGAAAAUUACAAUACUAGCCUUUGUUGUGUAGUGUGUUUGUGUUAGAAAAAGAAAGAGCAUUUGUCCAUUUGAUGUACUGUACAGCCACUGAAAGAAGUGAGGAAGGAAGGGGCAAAUUUGUAAUAGCACAUGGGUGUUGGAGGGGGGAUGUGGUAGAUGAGUUUUAGUGUCAAAAUCAAAAGAACAGUAGAAAAGAAAUGGUUUGAUUUAUACCAUAAACUAGUGAAUGUUGUUAUUAUUAUGUUAUGUAUGUAUGUAUGUAUACAUCAUCAUCAUGAUCAGAUCAGGCUAUGAAUAGACAUGACAAUGAAGAAAUGACAAAACACAAAGGCUUUCUAUUUUGUU